CGUGACUUCAUACCAAAUUAUUAAAUGCAUUGAGGAUGCGGCGUUAUUUGAACAACGGAAGCCUUGGUUGCGUCAUUGUGUGGUUGACAUUGACCUGGCUCUACAUUCUCUCUAUAUCAUCGUCCAUCUCUGCUGAACCGUCCUUAAAUGCUGUUGGUCGAUGCCCAUCUUACGAAGAGCAAAACAUCUGCCCUGCUCGGACAACGGAUUGCAAAAACGAUUUUGAAUGCCAGGAUUCCAAUAAGCGUUGUUGCAAAACAGCGUGCGGUUUCAGAUGCCUUACAGGACAGCUGACAGGAUGUGAACAUUUGGCACUGGCUGCCAUCAGGAGAUCGAGAGCUCUCGGCCCCAUGGGGCCUCUUCAAAACGUGCCAAAAUGUAAUAAUGAGACUGGGGAAUUCGAGAAAAUACAGUGUGAUGCUCAAGAGAAUUCCUGUUGGUGUGUUAAUGAGUUUGGGGAUGAAGUAGUCGGGACUCGUGCAGAAGUCAGAGAUUUAGUAGAUUGCAGUAACCCUAGAUCCUGUCCUACUCACAGUUGCCGCAUGUUAUGCCCUCUAGGAUUCGAGAUCGAACCAGAGAAGGGUUGCCCAAAAUGUGAGUGUCGAGAUCCCUGUCGAGGAAUCACCUGCCCAGGACCAACACAGUCGUGCGAAUUGAUUGAAGUUCCUUGUACUAGACCUCCAUGCCCACCAAUACCCAGUUGUCGUAAAGCCAAGUCAUUGGCAACGAUAUGUCCGGCUGGUGAGCCUUUGCAGAUCACCGAUUCGCCGCGACCGUUCCUUUGUGGGAACUCACCUGGAAAACCAAACUGUCCACCACUUUACCGAUGCUUAGUAGAACCCAACCAGGAAUAUGGCGUUUGCUGUCCCUCUAAUCUAGAGUUCACAAGACCUGGAACUUGUCCAGUCGACGAACCUCUUGUUUGUGAUUCCAACUGCCGACAUGAUUUUGACUGUCCUACACCACAAAAGUGUUGUAUUAGCGAAAGGUGUGGUGUUGGAGUUUGCAGCAUUCCACAAGGCCUGAGCUCUUGUCAUAGGAACCGGAUGUUGGCAGAACUGAUGAGCGUUUCCGAGAGGAAGGGGCGUGGUUAUAUACCGCAAUGUAAUGAAGAAGGAGAAUAUAGUGCAAAACAAUGUUCCCGAAAUGGCCUUGUUUGUUGGUGUGUUGAUCCAGAUGGGAAAAAAUCAUUAGGAUCGAUGGGUCCUGCCGAAAAAGUGGACUGCAAGCCAGUGAGUAAGGCUAGAUCUCUUCUUCCCACUUGCAUUGUUCAACAGUGCGCUCAAGUCUGCCAAUAUGGCUUUAAAAUUGACGAUUCUGGUUGCUCUACUUGCGAGUGCGAUAAUCCAUGUGAAGGAUAUCCUUGUUCACCUGGAGAAGAGUGCUCGGUAGAAAAAGAAGAAGGUUGCUUAGACUCCCUGUGUUUGUCCAAACCUAAGUGCAGGGCUAAGAAGAAUCACAAGAGUGCAUGUACUUUCGGUAGCCCCUUCAAAGAUGAAAAGGGUAAUAUAUUAAGAUGUUCCACUAAUGAAACUUGCCCUUUGAAUCACAUAUGCACCUUCGUGACGGAAGUAGGGGACUCCGUUUGUUGCGCUAUCGUCAUGGAACCUCCCAACAUGUGCGAGUACCUUCGGGAUUUCCACAAAUAUAUGGAAGGAACCCGGGACGGAAUGGUCUUGGCGAUUCCAACACCUCAAUGUGAAAACGAUGGUUCUUAUAAGGCCCUUCAGUGUCACAAUGAUGUAUGUUCCUGUGUAAACCAAAUUGGUGUCACUUUGCAAAGCAACAUAGACGUAAACCGUGUUAACUGCAAGGAAAUAAGGGAUCUCAUAAGCAGAUGCGCUAAAUUUUCCUGUGAUUUAAAAUGCCCUUAUGGUUACGAGGUGGAUGCGUCUGGAUGUGAACAAUGUCGAUGUAAAGAUCCUUGUAAGGAAGUGGCGUGUGGUAACCAUCAAGCAUGUGCAAUGAUCGACGUUAACUGCGGACCUGGUCAAUAUUGUCCUGCAGUGCCUGUCUGCUUAACUACGAAACCUGGUCAGUGUCCUUAUUUAGUACCGAGCUCAUCAAGCUGCGAACUAGAGUGUAACAAUGACCAAGAAUGUUCCGCUGACCACAAAUGCUGUUCUACUGGUUGCGGCACGCAAUGCGUUACUCCAGUUCUGGCUACAGCAUGUCAACAUGCAAGAGCCGUGGCCGAACAUGAAGCCCGAGAAUCUGGUGAGCCUGCAAGAAGAACUUACAUCCCUAGAUGUGAUUCUGAUGGAGGAUUUGAUACUGUUCAGUGUCACGAUGGCAUGUGCUGGUGUGUCGAUAAAGAAGGACGUGAGGCUGAAGGCACUCGAAUAAUAGAAGGAAACAUUCCAAGAUGUAACAUGCCAAUACGCUGUCCUAAGAUCGACUGCAGCCUACAAUGUCAGGAUGGAUUCGAGUUAAAUUCCGAGAGCGGAUGUCCCUUCUGUUCAUGUAGGGAUCCUUGUAAAAGUGUGAGCUGUCGCGGUGAAAAUGAAGCUUGCAGAAUGGUGGAAGUUGCUUGUAGUACUCCUCCUUGUCCUCCAGUUCCAGUCUGUUUACCUAAAAAGGAAAAUCCAUGCCCCAAUGGAACUCCCCUCCUUGCACAAGAUGGCCUACCUGCAAUUUGUGGACCACAUGGAAGACACUGUCCUUCCACACACAAAUGUGAACUUUCUCCUCUGGAUGAGUACGCAGUAUGUUGUCCGAAACCUCGAGAAGUGUGUUUUGAGCCACCCAAGAACAUUAAUUGUAAUUCCAAUGAGAGUUCUCACACGACUAAAAGAUGGUAUUUUGACCCAGAGCUAAACGAAUGUCGAGCAAAAAAAGAAUGCAGUGUGGGAUAUAACGACUUUUGUAGUAAAUUGAUCUGUAAUGCAGUGUGUCCAGUGCUUUCACCUUGCGAGAAGUUGAGAGAAACGAAUUUAAAAAAUUCACAUAGACUUAAACGACCUACGUUCUUGCCAAGAUGCAAUCGAGACACAGGAACUUGGGAACCAAUGCAGUGCCUCGAACAUGUUGGUCUCUGCUGGUGUGUAAACAGAAAAGGUGAACCUCUAAAAGGAUCUUUAACGCGUGGCGGAGAACCCACUUGUAACUUUAGGGAAGCUAGACGCGGCAGAAAGCCAGUAGAAGUAGAUGCAUCAUUCAAAGAUUACAUUGAAACUACCUGGAUGGGCCUUACGACUGAAAACAACUUUAAGGAGAUUUUUGGAACUAGAUGCCAAAUAAUGAAAAUAAGGGGACAUAUUCCGGGUAUUUGUGAUAGAUUAGGCAGAUUUGAGCCUACCCAAUGUACUAAGGAUAUUUGUUGGUGUGUCGACGAAGCUGGCAAUCAAGUUGUUGGUUCUGCACCUUUUAUCAAAGGCACUAAUAUUUGCUUACCAACUCCCGUUGAGGCGGUGGAGGUGACUCUUCACAUCUCUGGUAGGUUCAUCAUUGACGAAGAAUCUCGCUUGGCAAUUCAAACUGAAGACUCGUUACGAGGCUUGGGAGCAAUAAUAAAAGAUCGAGUUAAAAUCAAGUUGGAUCACGAUUCGGCCAUACUGAAUUUUGACAUAGUUGGACCCAACAAGGUGGAUGUAGCGUUCUAUUUAGAAGAAUUGAUCAGGUUGCAAAAUAUUUCCUUUUUGGGGCAUAUUGCUGAUGCAACAACUUCCCGUUUCACUCAUAAAACAAGAAUGAGUACUGUUCAAAACAGAAUAUUAGCCUUGGAACAGAGAGAAAUACUUACAGAGAUUGACACUCCAUUUUAUCAAACUGCUACUGUAGCGCUAGGUUUUGCCAGUGCCUUUGUCAUCAGUAGUCUUUUAAUCAUUCUCAUGCUGUAUAGGAAAAAGAUGAAGUUGAAAACCCCAAAUGAAAAGACAGUUACGGAAGAACACUUCGUUGCUUAUAAUCAGCAGUAAGUGUACAUGAUUUCCGCUAUUGACACGGAAACAA